AUGGGAGCCCAGUCUUCUGUGCCGGUGUCCCAGCCCGGGGCAGGUCGGAAUGGACAACAAACACGCAUCAAAAGACCUGCAACUAUCAAUCACCAGGUCAAGCGGGAGGAGUUGAUAGGAAAUCGACAAGAAACACGCAACAGAAGACCUACAACCAACAUUCCCCAGAACCUGCCAAUUGUUCUGAUCGAGGACGAUGAUGAUGAUGUUGUCAUGCAAGAAAUACGCAACAGAAGACCUACAGCCAACACUCCAGCUGUUCUGAUCGAAGAUGAAGAAGAAGAUGUUGAUGUUGUAAUGCACGAGGACGAGGAUGAUGAUGUGGUAAUGCAAGACGACGAGGUCGAGUUCGAAGAGAUUUCUCCUCAUGCACACAGACGCGCCACGCAGCCAGGACCUGGUCAACCUGACCUGACGCCAGGCAGAGAUGUGGAAUUACAGGAUGGCUCGUUUCUCCGGAUCGAGGCCACCGGCUACGAUAACUUUCAUGAGCCAUACAUUCAGGGAAGACGCCUAUUGUCACACACUGCACCAGAGAUCCUCAUGCCUGAGACGGAAGGCGAACUGGUGUGGGAGAUGUAUUUCAACCACGACAUGGAAGAGAGCCCCAAGAAGGUCGGGUACCACCCUCGAGACGUUGUGAGGAACUGCAAGAUCCUGUUCACCAACCACAUGCACCGCGACCUUAACGUCAGCCAUAUCAUAUGCAACAACGACGACCGCCGACCAGUCUACUUCUGCCGCUGGAAGUACAGCUUGCCGCCGCCCGAUCUGAGGAGAAAGCCUGACGAUCCGUACCGACAUAGGGUCGGCAAGAUCGAACGGCUCCGAUCGAACGAGGCUGAUGAGUCAUUUGGGCGAACAAAACAUGUCGGAAAGGAGGUCGUACUUGGCAUUCCCGAUCCUGAGAUCCGAAAGAGAUGGCGUGGCCCCGAGUCGGACCAGGACUUGCUGGGGAGCAGCAAGACCCACGCGGUCAACGACAACGGAGGGUUCGAUAUUGUGCGGAAGUACACCUUCGGCGAUUCGUUCUGUGGCGCCGGAGGCGCUACGUGCGGCGCAGUUCAGGCAGGCCUUGUACCCAAGUGGGCGUUUGAUCUCGACGAAGCCGCUAUUCGCACCUACCGCCUCAACUUUGGUAAGGGAGUGGAAGGCCACCAGGUUCAAGCACGCCACGAGCAUGUUUCAGAUUUCCUCGCCGCAGCAAGACGGUCGAUCGAUAGCUUUCUGGUCGACAUUGCCCACCUCAGUCCCCCGUGCCAACCAUUCUCUCCGGCCAAUACGACACCGAAUGAGAUGCUCAAUGAGAUAAAUACGGCUGCCUUGACUAGUGUCUACGACAUCCUGAACGUCUCGAAGCCACGCAUAGCCACCCUCGAAGAGGCCGCCGGGAUGGAACAUCCGAGGCACCACAACUGGCUACGAAAGCUUGUGACUAUGUUCAUCGACAAUGGAUAUAGCGUGCGCUGGAAAAUCGUCGACAUGAAGAGCUUCGGGGUGCCGCAAACUCGUGAUCGAUUGAUCGUCAUUGCUUCCGGCCCAGGAGAAACACUCCCUCCUUUCGUGUCGCCCACGCACGGCCCCGAGCCCGGGCUAAAGCCGUGGCCGUCAAUCUCCUCGGCAAUUGACAAUAUCGACCGUGGAGCGCUGCACCACCGCCAGCGACGGCACUUCAAUCCGCCCAAGGCGGCGAUAAAUGCGACAGGGCUGGCCGGUACUGUCACCACCGGGGGAGGUAGCGAGAAAGUGUACCACCCAAGUGGUACACGGCCGUACACCGUACGGGAAUUGGCUUGCCUCCAGACUUUCCCGCACGAGUUCCGGUUUGCCGGAAAAGAUACCGACAAGGUCCGCCAGAUCGGCAAUGCUGUUCCUCCCCGGUUCCAAACCACGUUGCUGCUACACCUACGGGCUUUUGUGGAAGAAAAUGAUCGGAGCGAGAUGGCGUCGGGUGUUUAA